CGCGAAACAAAAAUCACAACAAACCCUGACCCCGACGAAAAGAUUUACCAUUUCCGUUUGUUUCCUUCUCUCCGAGUGAGAAACGACUGCAGAUUUUCCUGCACAGAGAGAAAGAGAAGCAGGGCCGGCCGACCAUUGGCGAGGAUCGGAGGUGCUUUUGCUACCGUUGAACUUCUCGUAAUCGUUGAAUUCCUUCGGCUAUCGGCGGUUUAUCUAUGUGGAAUUCGCUAUAUUCUCUGCAUUUUCCUGAAAGGAGUUAGAAUGAGUCCCUGAGAUCUUUCAGCCAUAUGGAUCUGCUUGUCACAGCUAUAGUGUAACCCAAACAGCAGCAUUUCCAGAAAAGUACUCUUCCUAUAAAAUCACCACCUGCAACAUAUCUUUCAAUUGAGAAAUAAGAUUAAUUCAAAAUUCAGCGACCUGCAUCAGGGGGCGAUUUGCCCCAAACUGCUGAGAGCUAUUUUGCUGUAGCGCGAAGAGUGAAUUCCUCUAGCGCAAUGAUGAUGGGGGAGGAUGUUGAGGGUGGGAGCUUGGGUUCAUACCAAGAGAGGCCAAGGACUUUCCCCAAUAUGCGUAACAAAGCUUAUACUCCACUGAUCUUUCGGAUCCUCAUGGGGAUUAAUGUCCGUGUUCUAUUUAUACUUCUAUUGUUGACUAUGGGGCUGAUUUUUUAUAUUGGAGCAUGUACUUCUGGAAUUAUUGUGUUUGUAUUCACAGUUUGCAUCAUCAGCUUCCUUAUGUCAGUAUAUCUUACUAAGUGGGUCCUCGCAAAGGAUGAAGGGCCUCCUGAAAUGGCUCAGAUAUCAGAUGCCAUACGCGAUGGAGCUGAAGGUUUCUUCAGGACACAGUAUGGAACUAUAUCGAAGAUGGCAAUACUACUUGCUAUGGUGAUCCUCUGCAUAUACUUGUUCCGUAGUACAACUCCUGAACAGGAAGCUUCUGGCGUAGGGAGGUCAGUAACUGCAUUCAUCACUGUUGUUUCAUUCCUCUUAGGAGCACUUUGUUCAGGUGCUGCGGGUUAUGUUGGAAUGUGGGUGUCAGUUCGUGCAAAUGUUAGGGUCUCUAGUGCUGCAAGACGGUCAGCAAGGGAGGCACUGCAGAUUGCUGUUCGUGCUGGUGGGUUUUCUGCAAUGGUGGUUGUUGGAAUGGCCGUUAUUGGAAUAGCCAUCCUUUAUGCCACAUUCUAUGUCUGGUUGGGAGUGGAUACCCCUGGGUCAAUGAAGGUCACAGAAUUGCCUCUUCUGCUUGUUGGAUAUGGUUUUGGAGCCUCCUUUGUCGCUCUCUUUGCCCAACUAGGCGGUGGAAUAUUCACAAAGGCUGCUGACGUUGGCGCUGACCUUGUUGGAAAAGUGGAGCGUGGAAUUCCUGAAGAUGAUCCUAGAAACCCUGCAGUCAUUGCAGAUCUGGUAUUAAGUUCUCUUUUGUUACCUACUUACUUGAGUAUGUUUGCUCUUGUGAUUUCAGCAUACUUGUGAUAACUGCAAUUAUUUCUUCUUUUUUACUGAUUUGUGUUCAACUUAAAAUGUAUAGUAGAGUGGACUUGAAAAGGAUUGUUAGAAUUGUCAUGAGUAAAUAUGGUUGAACUGCAAUAAGAUGAACAAAAGGUAUUUGUAUAGUGUUCUUGUUCUGUAGUCGAGGAAAGGAGGAUGACCAUUUGAUAAGACUAGUUUCUUUCCCUCCUUUUCUGCCUCCUUUUUAUGCUUUGGAUUUCAAUUCCAGAUGCUUUGAAAGGAACCAACACAGUGUAGUACUAAGAGGAGUGCAGCUGAAAUAAUUAGUGCCAUGAUACUUGGUGGGACAAUGUCAAAACGUUGCAAAUUAGAAGAUCCAUCUGGCUUCAUCUUAUUUCCUCUCGUUGUUCAUUCAUUUGAUCUGGUUAUAUCUUCAAUUGGAGUACUCUCAAUUAGGGGUACACGCAAUGCUAGUGUGAAGUCUCCUAUGGAGGAUCCGAUGGCAAUCCUUCAGAAAGGAUACUCUAUAACGAUAGUUUUGGCUGUCCUGACAUUUGGUGCGUCAACCCGUUGGAUGCUUUAUACAGAACAAGCACCUUCAGCAUGGUUUAACUUUGCCUUGUGUGGGCUGGUUGGCAUUAUGACUGCCUAUGCUUUUGUCUGGAUCACCAAGUACUAUACUGACUACAAAUAUGAGCCUGUACGCUCCUUAGCUCUUGCUAGUUCCACAGGUCAUGGAACUAACAUAAUUGCAGGAGUUAGUUUGGGCCUGGAAUCAACAGCUCUUCCUGUUCUUGUCAUCAGCGUAGCAAUUGUUUCCGCCUUUUGGCUUGGUCAGACCUCAGGUUUGGUGGAUGAAUCUGGGAACCCUAUUGGUGGAUUGUUCGGUACAGCUGUGGCAACGAUGGGAAUGCUCAGCACUGCUGGAUAUGUUCUAACCAUGGAUAUGUUUGGCCCUAUAGCUGAUAAUGCUGGUGGAAUCGUGGAGAUGAGCCAGCAGCCAGAAAGUGUGAGAGAGAUCACUGAUCUGCUCGAUGCUGUUGGAAAUACGACAAAAGCCACAACAAAAGGAUUUGCCAUCGGAUCAGCUGCACUUGCUUCUUUCCUCUUGUUUAGUGCUUAUAUGGAUGAGGUUUCUACUUUCUCCCAAGAGGCUUUGACUCAGGUUGACAUUGCCAUUCCAGAAGUUUUUGUUGGAGGGUUGUUAGGGUCGAUGCUUAUUUUCUUGUUCAGUGCAUGGGCUUGCUCAGCAGUUGGCCGAACAGCUCAGGAGGUUGUUAAUGAAGUCAGAAGGCAAUUCAUUGAGAGGCCAGGAAUCAUGGAGUACAAGGAGAAGCCAGAUUAUGGUCGCUGCGUCGCAAUCGUGGCAUCUGCAUCUCUGAGAGAAAUGAUAAAACCUGGUGCUUUGGCUAUUAUAUCUCCUAUGGUAGUUGGUGUUGUGUUCCGGAUCCUGGGGUAUUACACAGGACAACCACUUCUGGGAGCUAAAGUCGUGGCUGCAAUGCUGAUGUUUGCAACGGUGUCCGGUAUUCUCAUGGCUCUGUUCCUCAACACAGCUGGUGGCGCAUGGGACAACGCUAAGAAGUACAUCGAGACCGGAGUUCUUGGAGGCAAAGGGAGUGAGUGUCACAAAGCCGCAGUCACAGGGGACACCGUCGGAGAUCCUUUCAAAGAUACAGCGGGGCCAUCUCUUCACGUCCUCAUAAAAAUGCUGGCGACGAUCACCCUGGUCAUGGCUCCCAUCUUUCUGUGAGAGAAGAAUUGUAGUGGGGGAAGUUACUGUCUUGCAAAUACAGAGAGGUAGUUUGAUUUUUGAUUGGAUGUAAAUGUAGUGGAGGAGGCUUGUCACUGAAGCAAACUUGGGUAGGACGGACUGACGUUUCGAGUUUCGCCUUUUUUUCGGGAAAACAAGGUCAUAAGGAGAUGAGGUUAGGGGAUGGUUUUCGCGCAUACUUCGUCUUUUUGUUUGUGCAUGGUCUGAAUCCGAUAACUAGACUUAUACCUCUGCACUAGUCGAUGGAACCGUUUCGUCUAAUCAAUUGUGGUGAAUUCAACAAUGGAUUUGGAGGAUCGUCGACGCCACGAAUUGGUUAUCGUGCCCUUUCGAUUGCGAUCAUCACUACCGGUGUGGCUGAAUUCGCUUGAAGGGGCUCGAUAUAGUACGAUAUCACUUUGGAUAUAAUCCACAAAUUAACUGUGUUUGUAAAACUGCACCGUAUCGACAGUCUGACCGAGAAGAAAAAUAAACCUUCUAUGAAAGUCUAGACUAAUAGGUGUUUUUUUUUAAUCAACCAUGAAACCAUGAA